GGGAAAUUGUGGUGGUGGGUAAACAGCAGAAGCACUCAAUCUGCAUAAAUUGAGAACAGAAGAUAAGAGAAUAGAAAAGGGACUAUGGGGAAGGCAAAAGAAGCGGUGGUGGUUGUGGGAGCCCUAGCAUUUGUGUGGCUCGCUAUUGAGAUUGCUUUCAAACCUUUCCUUAACAAAACCCGUGCUUCCAUCGACAAGUCCGACCCCAAUCGUGACCCCGAUGAUGUUCCUGACGCUGCUGAGUCUAAGCCCACCGACGACGACGCCGGAGACGCCUGAUCUCAUUCAUGUUGUCGGUGCUCUCUUCUUUAUCAUAUUGUGAAUUUCGUUAUGUCUGAAACUUGUCCAAGUGGAAUAACGUUAGCGUUUUUAUUUUGUUGAAAUUGUAUAUUGUGUCAGUCUUUUGUUUCUAUUUCGUGGAAUUAUAGGACUGAAUACCAGGUUGGUUGUUCUGUCCCUUUGUCGGUGGAUAUAAAACGACAAUUGGUAUUUUUGCCGUUUUAGCCAUUGC